AUGAUAAGAGCAAAAACAGAAGAAGCUGAAGUCGAAGAUGGGGAUGCAUUGGAAGUAUGGGACCGUGGAAGCCCUUUGUAUGAUGCCUUUGAAUUGGUGUCACUCAGUCAUGUCAUAGAGAGGCAUCUCUUGGUUUUCCCUUGUAACAGAAAAUCGAAUUGGCAAAACAACUGUGCUCGUGUCACAUCAGUAUCUUGUGCCGAGGACACAAACAAGGCGUGUAAAGUUUCGUCCUGGCGAGAAAUCGUGAGGAAGAAAAUGUGGAAGAGGUUCAGGAUGAGUGGACGCGGCAAGGAGGACCCGAAGGAGCUGAAAGUUGGUCCUAAGUAUGGCUUCUCUUAUAGGAUUAUGUAG